AGGAUGUCGCUAGUAUCGGUUUUGUAGUUUUCAUUCAUUAUGACGAGACGGAUAGAAUUUUUGUCAAAUUAACGAAUUUAUAAAAAAUAAACUUCGAAAAUGCGAUACAAGUGAUAAUAUGCGUUUAUAAGUUAAUAAUCUGUAUAGAACGAAGUACGAAAUAUUUUUAAAUACAUGAAACUACACGGUAUAAGUAGUUGUGUAGGUUGGACGAUGAUAUUCAUCGAGGGGAAAAUAAUAUUUAUUUGCAUAGGAAACUUAAAUGUGGAGUGUCAUAUCAAAGUUUUUGUCAAAAAACUCUAGUGUCAAUAACGUACAAAGUGGCGAGAAUUUACCGGAUGAAAUGGACCGCGGAGAAAGAAGGAAAACCGACAUGGAUGAUACAUUCAUCACAAGGCUGGCUAAGCAAAAGGCGUCCAUGAAAUGGCUUCUUUCCAAAGCUUUCAACAACAAAAUUCCAGAAAAUUUGAAGGACCCAUUUUAUCGGGAUCACGAGAAUCAAGAACAUUUAAAACCCCAAAUUGCCGGGGGUCUAGCGAAUGCCGAUAUUUACUGCUUGGCCCUCGGCAACAUCUAUUCGGAUCCCAAUUAUCAUAACCUUAAUCAUUUGGCCAUUUUACAAACAUUAUCUAGGAAAGGAGUUUUUGGUAAUGAAGAUGGGCAGCUUACGGAGACGACGUUAAUCCAGACAAAUCCUCUUCGUAUGUCUGCUCAUAUGGCUGUUAUAGAAAUGAUAAUGAGCCUAUAUACGAAAGAAGUAGUAACAGUGGAUAGGAUUAUUUCUGCUGUCCACAGGUUUAAUCACAGUAAAACUUCAGCUCCAACUAUAUCAGACAACGCUGUAGACCAAUUACUACUCUGGGUAUCCCACGCUUGUGAUGCAUUACGUAUGAGAAUAGAACAAGAAAUUAGUACAAUAUCAAACGGGGGAGAAGGAGAAAAAUUGAAGGUGCCCGAAUUUCCAAAAUUGAGAGAGCUAAAAGACUUGUGUGACGGGGUAGGAUUAGCGGCCCUCAUUGCAUAUUACUGCCCUGAUGAAUUGAAUUGGACCGAUAUUAGAAUAUCCCAUGUUCCAUCCGUUCAAGAUAGCAUCUACAAUCUUCAACUAGUACAAGAUUUCUGUUGCAGGUGUUUAUCAGCUUCUAUCUUCCAUCUCAUGCCAGAGGACGUAACUUAUAUGAGAGAAUCUAUGAAACAAAAUCUUCUAGUCUUUAUAGCCGAUCUUUUCAAUGUGAUGGAAAUAAAUCCGGCCAAAUGUGUCCGAUAUCCCGGGAUGGACAAAUAUAGCACUGAUGUGGCCGUAGAGGGUUUGCCCCAGAGUAAUGCCCACGGUGUGAUGCAUAAACGUAAUCUCCUGCAGACGGUAAUGGUACCUAUUCCGGAUCUGCGUAGCGGCAUUGAUGACCCCGCAGAUCCUAGUGCUUUUCAAGUAUCAAGAUCGACACCUACUCAUCAACCUCUUAGAAAAACAAAUUCACUUCAACACAGCGUAUCUGACAUGACAGAAGAUAGUUUGCGACGUGGGUCUGAAGAAUCUUUUGUUGUACAUAGAGGCAAAAAUAUACCAACACUUAGAUCUGUCGUGCAAGACGAACCACUAAUUCCUGUUCGCCUAAAGGUAAGCAAAGAAAAGCAGAACAACGAUAGUAAAGCAGACGAACGAGGGGAAAUUGCAGCAGGUAGACCUAGUAAUUGGGAAGAGAAUAGGAAGAGUACAUAUGCAGGACGAAGAAGUAGAAGAAAUUCUACCUCAGAAGACUCACAAUUAACAAUAGAGAAUUUUGGUGGUAGUCAGGAUAAUUUGAAUUUUAUUGGAAGAAAUCCAGAUAAAGAGGUGGCAGUGCAUGUAGGUAGAAAAAUUUCUGCUCCAACUUUUCCAACUGCCAUAGAAAAUGCCCCAGUUAGAUCUACGUAUCAAGACGCGAGAGGCUCUUUUCAAUUAGGUUAUGAAAAUUGUUGUGACGAAAAACAAGAUAACGGUACAGAAAAAUAUAAAUUAAAAAGGCAACUUAGUAGUGAUGAUAUAGCAUUAAGAAAUUUAAGCUCAAAUGUAAACAAAGAAAAUAUUAUUAGAGAUUUGGUCGAUGGUGACAUAACCAAAAGGAUGAGCUUUGCUGAACUUGGCAAGCAGAAACAAUUGGGGGAGCAUAAGGGUAUACAACUAGUCUAUAUGAACGAUAAGGAAGAAUAUCCACAGAAAUCCAGUUUCUUGUCAAAAAUGGGCAAUGGUAGUGAAAAGAAAACAACUUUCGCAACUCUACCCAAUACCACGACGUGGCAAGAACAAAGCUCACAAAAUCAACAGGUGACAGCAUCAAAUGGUGACGAACAUCCUCCCAACUCAAUGAAUAUACAACUUAGUGAUAUCCGAUUAAAAUUGGAAGAAAAACGAAGACACAUAGAAAGUGAAAAGCGGCGAAUGGAAAUAGCUAUGAACAAACAACGUCAAAAGGUUGGAAAGGCAGCUUUUCUUCAAGCAGUAGCCAAAGGAAGAGGUAAUUUACUUAAAACAAAUGAUGCCGGGUCUAAUAUCUCGGCAGAGGGUUCAGAAACUCAAAGUCCCCCAUCCGAAUCUACUUCUCCUUCACCAAAGCCUCAGAGGCCGUUUACCUUACAGGAAAUCAAUGAAGAUGUUAGUAAAAUCGAUAGAAAGUGGUCGGAUGAAACGCCUACCUUUGCAGAAACCAGAACUCCAGAUUUGGAGAAUAUGGACCUGGAACAAUAUCAGCAGUCCAUUGCUCAAAUGAACUCUAGUCUUCACGAUAUACAGUCAGAUAUGCAAAGAUUAGCUUCUCAACAAAACCAGCUGCAACAACAAAAUAUAAUUGCUCAACAACAGAGACAGAUACAUGCUCUUCAACAACAACAACAGUACCAGACUAUACAGUCUCAACAACAUAUACCUCAGUACACUUCGCAACAAUCUUACCAACCUCAAAUAUAUCAGCCACCACCACCAGUUUACGCGCCUCCAUUACAAACAUCCUCGAGCGCACCACAUAUACCUCAAACUUUAUUUGGUCAACCCAGAGGGCAAGGUCAAUUCUUUUUGCAUGAUCAGUCCUCAACCAUUUCGCCAGCUCCCCAAAUCACACCUCAGAGACGGACGUGGGCGCAACAAACUCAACCACCUCCAAUACCAAUUGAGUCAUAUCAUCAACCGGAAUUGAGAACUUGGAACAAGACUGGUGGUCAUGGAGAUAGUAGAGGUUUUUUGUUACAUGAUACAGAUAGAUAUCAAGAGCAAACUAGGUAUCAAGAAGGGACUCGCUAUUCAGAAAGUCCACGUUUUUUUGACAGCAAGUACCAAAACGGAAGUGGUGACGGUGACCAUAUGCUUCACCACUCCAAUAGCUUUACCUUGAGUCAACAACAUCACACUAACUAUGGCACAUCGCAUAGUACACCAUCAGCUUCGCCGCAACACCGUAAUAUUCAUCGACAAAUUUCUCAGCUUUUAGAUGAAAGUAAACGAGCACCAGUCAGCCUGCAACAAAUUGAAGCAAAGGAACCUCAAAGAAAGAGUAGUAUAACGCAUGCACCUAUUCCUGCACCAUCAGCGGACGAUAUGGAACCACAAAAUAUAUCAUUUAUUGGAAAUUCUACGCCUGAUAAACUUAGUGAAGGUCUUAAUCGACUCAAUAUAACGUCAGGUAGUAGAACUUACAGAAUACCGUCCCCUACGCGUCCCUCGAUUACACGGAACUCAUUCCAACCUACUCCUUCGCCGCCGACGAUAGAAUCUGUUCCUUUAACCGAAAUUAGUAGUCUUGAAAAUGACCCCACUAAUCAAAAAGGUUUCUAUAUUAGUUUUGAUAAUGAUCAACCGAAACGACCUAAACCUCCAUUAAGAACGAAAAGGAUGUCACCAAAGAAGGAAAGGAGUUUUGUUCAAUCUACCGAAGAUAUAUGUGAUCGAAAGGAAGAAGAGAGGUUAGAAAAACAAAGGCAUCUGGAAAAACAAUUAGAAGAAGAAAGAGCAAAGAGAAGUGAAGAGGAGAGACGACAAAUGCUGAUUGAACAAGAGAGGGAGAAAUUGAGGGCAAAACGAGAAGCUAGUCAAGAAAGGCAAAAAGUCAAUGCCGCCAGUGCUAUAAUUAUAGGAAACGACCUCAAUAAUCCCGAUCCCGAUUUGGACUAUGAACGAGAACGAAAGAAGGAGAAGAUCAUGCUGUUGUCGUUGCAAAGGAGACAGCAACAAGAGGAGGCAAAAGCUAGAAAGGAGGCAGAAGCUCAAGCUAAGAAAGAAAUGGAGAAGUUGAAAGAGGAAGAAAAGGCAAGAAAAAAAGAAGAACAAGCUGCUAGACGCCAAGCUAUUCUAGAACAGUACAAGCUUAAGAAGGCUCUCGAGGAGGCCGAAAGAGAGGUUCGACGUACUAAAUCAUGUGUUGCAGUAUUUGUUAACGGUAAGACUUUAGACAGGUCUGAACUCAAUUCACUGAAGCCUACACCAAAAAUGCGACCCAAAGCCAGUACUAGACCUCGACCAAAAACUAUACAUAUUGAUAGUGGCUCUGUUCAAAUGGCUGAAGGUAUGUCGAGUCGAGGAAAAAAAGGUUCAACUUCCAAUCUCACAGCUUAUACCUCUUCCACUAUGAAACGAGACUAUUACAGAGGUUCCCAAGAUAGCUUAGCAGACAGAAGCAUGAGCAGUGGCAUGCUUUAUAAAGAUUCCCCGGAUGAUAGCAGAGGCGUUUCGCCAUGCCAUAGCGCCAACCAAACGCUAGGAAGAAGAAGUUCCUAUAAGACUAGUCGUGACCCCUCUCCUGCUCAGGUACGCGGCAGACCUAAGUAUUCGGCUUAUCAAAACUUUAAAGGGCGCAAGUCUAGCUCUAUGAUGAAUUUGUACGGAUCAAGUACCGAUCAAGAUAGUCUAGCAUACAGGUACGGUGACACUGAUUCAGGUUUAGGUCGUGCAACACCUCCAAGAAGAGUGCCGUCUCCUGGUAUGAGUAUGAGACAUCUUCCAUCACCCUCUGGACCAGGUAGCUUACCAGGUUUGAUGAGUAAAGGUAGAAGAAUGUUCGACGACGGAUCCAGUGAUAUCAGUUCAACACCUAGCAGUAUGAUGGAUUAUAAUGGUCCAAGAUUAUACAAACAACCUGCCACCAAAUCGAAUAGAAGUAUUAUGUUAAAUGCUGUGGAAUAUUGUGUUUUUCCUGGAGCAGUAAACAAAGAAGCGAAAAAACGAGUUCUCGAAGAAAUUAAUAGGUCCGAAAGUAAACACUUUUUAAUACUGUUCCGUGACGCAGGAUGUCAGUUUAGAGCUCUCUAUUCUUAUUGCCCCGAACGGGAGGAAAUUAAUAAAUUAUAUGGAACGGGGCCUAAACAGGUUAACGACAAGAUGUUUGAUAAAUUUUUCAAAUACAAUUCUGGUGGAAAAUGUUUCUCCCAAGUUCAUACUAAACAUCUAACUGUAACGAUAGAUGCUUUUACGAUUCACAAUUCGUUGUGGCAAGGCAAGAAAGUAAAUCUUCCAAAUAAGAAAGAUAUGGCGUUAGUUAUCUAAGUGAAGAAAAAAUGAAUUAAACAGAAUUGUUAAAAAGUCAUCUAAUAUAUUUGUAUUAUUUUUGUUAACGCUUUAUUAAAAGUUUUUACUUUUUUUGUUGUAUGCAUUUGUCGAACAAAUUUUACUUAAUUUGUACAUUAAUGAUAUUGUUCAUUACAGAAUAAUCAUAUUUUUGGCUGAAUAAUAUUUGCCACUUUUUUACAAAGAAUUUUUGGUCGUUUUUUACCUUUUUUCAUUUUAGAUUAUGUGCCUUUUCUAUGUAUAUUUAAGUAUUCAUUGUGGUAUUGUUUCCGUGAAAUCAUUUUUAUAUGUAAGUAAACUUUUUUAUUUGUGCCAAUAAAUAAAUCAACUUGAAGUAUCAUAAAAAAGGGGGAUAUGUACUUGCUUGCUGUACACUAUUCUGUCCAUGGAGAAAAACAAUAAAAAGUUUCUUAUUAGUGUCAUUCCAGUUAAAUGAUUAGAUUAGACAAAUGCAGGGCUGUUUUUGGUAAAACUUAGUUUCGAUGUUGAUUUGCAGCUUGCCAUUUGUAACAAAAAAUAGAUAUUUUUAACAAAAUAAAAGUGCCGCUGGAAACCUGCAUCGACAUUUUACCUGUUUUGUAAGUCUCUUUAAAAAUUUUCGCUUAAAGAUGUUUAUAUAUAAAUUUGGUUAUUAAAAACGAUGCACUAGCCUUAAGACACAUUUGUUAGAUGUAAGGUGGAAUUGUGUGUCUUCAGAAAAUAAAUUUGAAUUGUAAGGAAUGAUUUUCAGUCAAGAUUGUUCAAUUUGUGGUAUUUGGUGUAUAGAAAAUAAAAUUGUGAAUCUGUUGUUACGAGUUGAGUAAUAUUUGUUUUUAAUUUUCACUUGUUUUUGUCUAUAUCUUUUUCUAUAAUAUCCAGGUAUGCCAUUGAUACAAUUUGCUUUCCGUUGUUAUUUUUUUUUAAUAUCUCUAAAAUUAUUUAUAUGUGUUCUUACCAUGAUUUCAGCCACAAAAACUUCCCGACUUCUAAACAUAUGUAAGAGUUGGAUGCAACUAUCAACAAAACUGUAGAAAUACUAGGUCUUACCUUCUCCUGAAUAGCCAGUACUUUAUUUAUUAUUAUUCUUAUAAUAUUGGAAAAUUGUGUUUUUUGAUAAUUUGCACUCACGGUAUUUUAAUUGGUUUAUUUGUUCAUUAUAUCAAGUAUUUAUUAAGCUGAAACUCUAUCCAGAUCAAUUUAUCAGUGGGCGGUAUACUAUUUUCCAACUAUAACGCAGAUUACUUAUGCCAUUUGAUGGUAAAUUGCGAAGGCACAUUACAUUAUCCUGAUGGACUGAUAUUUUAGAGGUGAUAAUGAAACAUGUAGUCUCUUGUUACAAAAGUUUUGUGUAAUUAAAAAUGAAUCAUACAUUGGGUUUGUUAUUUUUUUUCUAAUAUUUCAAUAUUUUGCAUCUUGACUGGAAUAUCAAAUUACGAAGUUUGUGAUCCUAAGCUAUAUUCCAAGCCUUAAUUUUUUUUACCUAAUUAUUGUGUAACAUUUUUUUUAUUAAUACAGCAUUACACUAAUCGUUUCUUGUCUGUACAUAUUAUGUUUUUAUAAUAUAUGAAAUAUUUAUUAAUUAUACACUUGUAUGAAUCAAAACAAUUAAAACGUCAAAUAAAACUUCAUAACCCA